AAAAUCUUGCGAGUGUCACGCCUUGCUGUGCACGUGCUCGCUCUGCUCGAAGCCCGCAACUCAUCAAGUCGCUCCAUGCAGCCCCCGGCUAAAACCGAACACUUCGCACGAUAUCUUCAAUCGUCCGUAUCAAGUAUACUUAUAACUCUCAAGCGGCCUUGACUCUGAGCCGCAUACAGUAGAGCGCCCGCUGGCCAAAGCACACUUGUAUCUCCUGACGCAGCAUAAUGGCGGACAGAGGUCGCAAGGCCUUCCCUGUCUCGUCGCAUGUUUGCGAUGAGAAAUGGCAGCGCCACUGUAUGGACCUCCAUAAGCAGCGGCUUACAGACAUGAAGCACCGCAUUGACACAGAGAAGCCUGAAACCUUUGAUAUGCAGCUUUCGAAGGGCAAGCGUGCAAUGCUUGAGAAGGAGCGCCAAUACGAAAUCGACAGGGAGAACGCCAUCUUACUUCAGAAGAUGGUUCGCAUUAAGGAGCAGGACACCCGCGCGGUGUUCCGGCCCUGGACCGCGCGUUCAACGUUCCAGUGGAAGCUGGGGCACUACUACGACCCCUCCACGGGCACCAAGACGCUCGACCACAUUAACCUGACCUCCUCGGUGUCGCCCCGCUCCAUCCACUACUACGCGCUAUCACGGCCAGGCACUGCGCCGCCUGACGUCACAGCCCGCAUGCGCGACAUGCAGAUCCAGUCCGACAACACCAAGCUGCUGCGCACCAUCACCACCAUGCGCUCUGUGUACUCUGUCGAUGAUCUUGAGCGCCGGCACGUGGAGGAGUCGGUGCUGGUCAACCGCAUCUCAAACUUCCGGGGUCCUGAGACCGCCAGGUACAACCCGCCCGGCCGGAGUGCCAGCGCCAGCCGCCGCUCGCCAUACCUUCAGCCGUUGUCAGGGCAGCGCGCUACUAGCUCCGCUCGCCCCGCCCGCCACUCGCCAGUCACCUCCUCUGCACCGGGGCCCCUCCGCAGCAGCAAUGGCACCAGCCAGCAGCGCUACCUGGAGGAGGCGCAGGGUCGCGACAUCCCGCCGCCGUCCUCGCGCGGGGGCUCACGGCCCGGCACCGCCAUCGCAGGGCCACGUGCCCAGAACGGCUCCGGCAGCGCUGGCAGCGGCGGCCUGGGCGCCACCUCCCCGCGCGCCAGCGAUCCCAAUGCCGAGCGGCGAGCUAGCGGCAGUGCCGCCAGCUCGCGAGGAGGCUCGGGCUCUGGCGCGCAGGCGGCGGCCGCGCCCACUGGGCAGUCGUUCUCGUUCGGUGCCAAGCCGGAGGCCAAGAACGGAGUAUCCCAGACGGCGGCGAAGAAGGCGGCUGACACCAGCGCAGACGACUACGGUGAUGAGACGUAUGAGCAGGACGAGGAGCACUACGAGGCGGACCCCGACCAGGAGGAGGCAGAGCAGGAGGAGGAGGAGGAAGCAUCCCCAGCAGCAGCAAAGUCGGAGGAGGAGGAGGAGGACGAGAAGCCUGCAGCGCGUGCGGCCAGCAACACGGGAAGUGCUAUGCCGGACACAGGGGCGGAUGCGGCAGGCGAGAGCUAUGGCGAUGAAGGGUUCGAAGCUGAGAAGGAGGAGCAGGAGGAGGGAGCGGCCCCGCAGGACGAGGGCGAGGAGGACCAAGAAGAGGAUAAGGCUGGAGAGGAGGAGGCGGAACAGGAGGAGGCAGAACAGGAGGAGGCGGAGCAGGAAGAGGCGGAAGCAGAAGCAGAUGGCGGCUUUCAGGAGGACGCGGAGGAGGGGCCGAAGAGCGAGCUUGAAAAGGCGGAGGAGGAGGAGAUGGCAGCGCAGUUUAACGCGGGAAUGACGGAAGACGCUGAGGGCGGGGACGACGCGCCGCUGCCAUCCCCCGGCGGCUUCGCGAACGACUGGAGUUAAGCAGCGGGAUGGUAGCUGGUGAUAUUGGGCAGGGCAUUCUGACGUCAUAGCUCGUGUGGGUGUGAUUGUAGCCUGGCAACGGUCAGUUGUACCCGCAGAAGAAAGGGGUGAGACGCUGGUGGUUAGCUCCCUAGGCAGGACUAGACGUGUACUGAUAUAACUGGCGCUCUGCAGGUUGGCGCGCUCCCUGUUACGCGUAGAUUGUGGUGAUAGAGCAGGAUAAGAAUGAAGGACUGAAGCAUGACUGUGUGUGAUUUUGUCGGGGUAUAGUUCCCCUGUGGUUCCCGUGUCUAUGCGUGUGUGCGAACGGCCCACGUUGACGCGUAUGUGGCUGUGCCCGAAGCUGGAGAAACACACUAAAGCUGUACUAACACUGGUGCGUGGGCCACCCCGGGCUCGAAAGGGUGUGCGACGGGACAGUAUCAAGGCAGGUUGGUGAAGUCCCGCAGGGUGCAGCUGAUUGGGCUCGAAAGGGAGUGUAUCCGACUGCCGCAGCUGAACUUAUGUAAAAUGACAGGGCUAACUCCUGUCGUGAUGAACAAAAAAAAGUAAAAUGUCUGAUCUGGGACAGCUCCGACUAACCCCCAACUAACUCGUGUACGGCACCCCCACCCCCCUCAGCCGUACAGGAGUUGCCUUGGGAGUCGGCAGCUGCGCGAGUGUGAGCAGGUAGUUGUACGGUUGCCCGGCUCGGAAGCUACAUGGCUGUAGUGACGCACACGGGCAGUUGGUGUUAGUCGACAGGCGCGCGAGUGGGAGCUGGCAGUUGAGUCAGCCCACGCGCCGCCGGCUCGCGGUUGCGUGGCUUCGUGGUGUCUGUGUGGUGUUAUCGCCUGGCCGUGCGCCCGGAGAGUGAGGGCAGCGCGUCAGCAACUCCUCCCUUUAUGGGGGACACAUACCGGUAGAUGCAUGGGGAUUUCCACGCAGCGGACGGGGUGCCCUCAGGGUGCGCGGACGGGCCGCCCUCAGGGUGCGCGGGCGGGCCGCUCUCAGGGUGCGCGGGCGGGCCUGCGCGGAUGAACACAUCGAUGACGCCCGCCCGCCAGCAACGCUGGCUACGCGACCAGCUCAGUUCCACUCGCUUAUGCCCUCGCAUUCCGCUGUGCUAAGCCCGGUUACUUGCUGCAUGUCAUGCCUGUACCCCUCCUAAUGACGAGUGUUGCGGAACUACUGCGUACGCAGACCAGAGCGGAAGGCGGAGUGGGCUUGCAGGCGGCACGAGAGUAGGCAGUCAGUAGCGCAAGUUGCGAAUUCACAUGUUACCUCGUAACCGACGGUAAACGCUGCGGACGGUCGCGCCCAUGGCUGGCUGACGGAAGGCGGCUGCUGUAUUCAGUGUUUUUUUUGGGUAAUACCAUUACUUUCCGGUAAUGGAUCCGGAGGUGGGCGUCCGGAGCCGGUAAUGAGCGCGCCGAAGGCGCGCCAAAGCCGUUACCGGCCGUA